AUGAGCUGGUCAAGUGUUCAGUACGAAUUCCAAAAAACGUUAACACCAUUUGCGUUAAUCAUUAAUCUCAUCUUGAUUCAACUAAUCUGGCACAAAUCUCCAAAAGCCAUCGGUUUCUACAAAUACUUGAUGAUGUACAUUUCAAUUUUCGAGAUAAUCUACUCAGUUCUCGAUAUUCUAGCGGCUCCAGACUUUUUUAGCCACGAUUCUAUUUUUAUCGUAAUAACUUCAUCGGAGAGAAUGCUUGUACCACAAUUCUUCCAAGUGCCAUUCACAAACAUUUUUUGUUCCAUGUUUGGAGUUUCUUUGGUGAUUUUUGUCAUUCAUUUCAUAUAUCGAUAUUUGGCUAUUACAAAUAGUAAUUUCCAGAAACCCUCUAGAAAACUGGCGAUUUGGUUCAUUAUUCCGAUUUUUUAUGGAAUCUUGUGGUCAAGUUUAUUGUUAAUUUUCUUUCGGCCAUCUCAAGAAACGGAUGCAAUUUUGAAAGAAACCUAUUUAUUAGAACGUAACUCGACCCUGUCUGAAAUUACCUACUUUGGUUUUAACUACUGGAUUCAAAAUGAUCAAGGGAGAGAAGUUUUGAACCUGAAAGCAUCAGUCGGAAUGAUUCUUAUCAUGACCUUGGUAACCAGUUCAAUCUCCACUAUAUUGAUUUUUGGAACAUUGUGCUACCGGAAACUGGGAACUCUUGUUCAAGUGUCGAGAAACUCUACUCAAUAUCGUCAACUACAGUUACAACUUUUAAACUCUCUGGUCGGACAGGCACUUGUACCAGCUUUCUUAAUGCUUGCCCCAGCUUCCAUUGUUUUCAGUAUUCCGUUUUUUCACGCAGGAAAUGAAUUAAUGGGUGCACUACUGGGAAUCACGAUUUCAAUGUAUCCAGUGUUGGACCCACUUCCAACAAUGUUUGUGAUCAAGAGCUACCGGGAAGCAAUAUUCAAGUGUUUCCGUAAAACUACAACAGUCCACGCAGAGGCGGUGGUAACCACACUCGCAUUGUAACGUUUCAAUUAUGGCUUGAAAUCGGCAGGAUCAAAUUUUAUACGCUUGUGGGCGGAAACAAUUGAGUUCAAAAACACAUCGACCUUGCUGGACAGAGCAAGGUGGUUUAGCAGAAAUUCAAAACAC